GUUUUAGAUUAGCUGAAGCAUCUUCAAUAAAUUGGCUGUCUUCGGCUGUCAGUUUAUUAGCAACUUAUCAGCUUAGUUGUCAAGAUGGGUGGCUGUUGGUCAUGUGUGGCCUGCAGGUCUCACCCAGAGGCAGAACCAAAGGAUGAAGAUGAAGAGGGGGCACUGACAGGUCAUCCCAUAAACCCAACCCAUGUUGCACCAUUUUCUGGUGGACUCCCCAAUGUUUUGGGGGACACUCUGGGGAAAGAGCUCCUUGAGGAACCCUCCAUGCCAGAACCCCUUCCAGCACCUCGCAUCACCAACAACAUCCUGGGCGAAGUGCUCAUUGAGGAACCCUCCAUGCCAGAACCCCUUCCAGCACCUCACAUCAACAACGACAUCCUGGAGGAAGAGCUCACUGAGGAACCCUCCGUGCCAGAACCUCUUCAAGCACCUGACAUGACCAAUGACAUCCUGGAGGUAAAGCUCACAGAGGAACUCUCCGUGCCAGAACCUCUUCCAGCACCUCACAUCACCAACAACAUCCUGGAGGAAGAGCUCAUUGAGGAAACCUCAAUGCCAGAACCCCUUCCAACACCUUGCAUCACCAAUGACCUACUGGGGAAAGUGCUCAUUGAGGAUACCUCAGUGCUAGGUCCUUCCAUCCUCACAGACACUCCAAAGGAAGCAGCUUCUGUGUCAGAGCCCUUACUAGAGCCUUCCAUUGCUGAUAAUUAUCUUCAGCAAGAAGUAGAACUCCUCAAAGGGUUACAGUAUGACAAUGUCCAGCAGCAACUGAGGGUUCGCCGCAUUUCCCAACAGUUCCCUCGUUCUCUCUGGGCCAUCAACCUGCAAAUCGGACACAUGCGGACAAGGCUCAUCCACAGUGAAGUUUGGCUGCAGCAGUGGGAAAGGGAAGAUGUUCCUGCAGGCCCUGCUGCACUUCUCCAGCCCUCUGGGUCUGAUUCAUCAUUGUCCUCUACCUCUCUGGAGGUUGCCUCCAUCCCACCAUCCACGUCCAUCCUCUUCCCUCCUCCUGUAUCCCUCUCCACCUCCUCCUCCCCCCCCUCCUCUGGAGCCAGACCUCAGCAAUGUAAAAGAAACUCUGCAGAGUUUGGUAGAGAUGCAGGUCCAUCAGCUGCGUGACCGCCAAAGAGACCUCCGCGGCUGCCAGGAAUGCUUACAAAGCUUCAAGGCACUGAGGGAACAAUUGAGGCGGCUAAGGAGCAGACUGGCCAGGGUGGAAGCCACUAUGGGGAUCGUAGUUCCUCCAAGGGAGCUGGACGUUGCUGAGGAAGAAGGGGAAGGCAGAUUAAAAGAGACAACUGUGCUACUAUUUACAUAAGUAGCAAUAAAAUGCUGUGUAUAUAUUUUUUAAAAAUUAAAUAUUUGUUUUAAUAGGAUGUAGAGACAGAACAGCAAUAAAACUUGCAUAUUUAUUGUUUAAAAAAAUAAAAUGUUUUAUUUUAA